AAAACAUCAAAUCUGAAAUCAAUCCAACAAUUAUAAUACUAUAUUAUAACCAUCGUUUUAUAAUAUUAUUUAUAAUGACAAUCAGCGUUUAGGAAAUUAGUAAUUAGAAAUAAAAAAUAUUAAUGUUUGCAAAUAAAUAAAGUAUGAUACUACUAUCUUCAUUUGUUUCAAAUAAAAUAGGUUUAAGCAUUUUUUUGUUAUAAUCAACAAGAUUUCUUUUGUUUAAAAUAUAAUACUAUGGGUGGAUGUUGCAGUUGGUGUAAGGACGAAGACACCUAUGGUGGAAUAGAUCAAGAACGUACUCACCUUUUAAUUGAUCCUUCAUGUAACAAUACAAGUAUUCAACGUGCUACUGAAGAAUAUCAUUAUGGUUCUUUACCUAAAGAAUCGGAGGAGCAAGCUGGAUUAAAUCGUAUACUAGAAGAAAUAUCAGCAAAUGUAAUUGACGUUGGAGCAUUACACAGCUGUAUAGAUCAACAAGAAGUAUUAGAACGCCAAAAUCACUACAAUGCAAAACUACAAAACUUGCCACUUUCAUCAGUCGCCAAUACUGUUGUCAGCUUAAGACAAGCUCCAGCAUGUUUACUAAAAGAUAUUCCAGGUCCUGAGAGAGUAUUAUCUCGAAACCUUGAUUUACCAGAUAACUACCGCGACAUAUUGGCUCGAGUAAUUGAAAUACAAAGACUAAUUUCCAUUAUGAGUGUGGAACACAAGGGUGAUUUAGUAGUUGAAUUUUAAAUGGGAGACAUCAACAAUAAGAUAUAUUCAACUUAUAAAAUUAUUUAUACAUUAUUAUUAUUAUUAUUAUUACAUAAACAUCUAAAACAUGUGAA